GUCCUUGUUGCCACCGCCGAUGAACUCUCUCCGGUCCGCGUUCUUGCGACCGUCAUUCGCCAGCACUUUACGGCUAUGCACCUCAACGAGUAGACCCUGCAGAAUCCAGGCAUUCUCGUCAUGGAGGACAGCCACCCACAUUCCUCGAGAGCGGAUAGCAUGGUCUCGCGCACCAAAGUAUUCAUGGCGCACAAUGGCGACGGAGACUCCUCCACCAAGGGCCUCAUCACCACCUCAACCGCCUCACCGUGCAUCUCGGCAGCAGAUGUAUGCUGCGCGCAACCGUAGUCUGCUCAUGUAUACUGCCGCCGUGAUUGUCCUGGGCGUUGGCGUUACCUAUGCUGCUGUACCACUCUACCGGAUGUUCUGUGCUGCCACAGGGUUCGCGGGAACACCUAAGGUCGGGAUGGGCAAGUUCGAGGCCGAGCGAUUGGUACCUGUUGAGAACGCAAGGCGCAUCAAGGUUCACUUCAAUGCGGACACGGCGGACGCGCUGCCUUGGACGUUCACGCCGUCUCAGAGGUUCGUGAGCGUCCUCCCGGGUGAGACCAGUCUUGCCUUCUACAAGGCCAAGAACAAGUCAAGUAAGGACAUCAUUGGAAUCGCUACCUAUAAUGUGACUCCGGACAGGAUUGCGCCGUACUUCGGCAAGGUAGAAUGCUUCUGCUUUGACGAGCAAAAAUUGUUGGCUGGAGAGGAGGUGGACAUGCCUCUGCUCUUCUUCAUUGACAAAGACGUCCUCGAGGAUCCAGCUUGCAGAAAUCUUGACGACGUAGUGUUGUCCUACACAUUCUUCCGUGCGAGAAGAAAUGCUCAAGGACACCUCGAGCCCGACGCCCCUGACGAUGUUGUCCAGGCAUCCCAAGGCUUUGCUGACUACGAAAUGGCGCCGAGAGCGGAGGACAGGAAGCCUACAUCAGAGGACAGCCCGAAGCCCUCAUAGUCUUGCCAUGUAUACUCAUACACAUCUCCCUGCAUGUUACGUGUCGCUUCUGGAUAUACAUCCCUCCUCUGACCAAAUAUCACGGCCUGAAUCUGCUUGAAUACACCGAUGACGGCACUUACCUUAUACGGAUUUGACGCUUCACCGAGUUCGUUGGAAGAGGCG